UACUCAUUUGGGUAAGCAAGAAGUUGAAUAAAAAUCUCUAUCUUCUCCUCAUCCAAAUGGCCGACUCCACCCCUCUCCUCUCCCAACCCAACCCAUCAUCAUCUCCCGACACACAAGAAGCACCGCCAUCAAACCAACACCAUCCCUCUCUGGGGUCCACAGUAGAACUCUGCAUAGGCGAGUUCAACUGGUCCCAGUUCCUCCAGUCGAUUCUGGUCUCCCUCGCAUGGAUAUUCGACGCCCAGCAGACCUUCAUCUCCGUCUUCACGGACGCCCUGCCCGAGUGGCACUGCACCGAGCGGGGCGCCAAUGCAUGCAAGACUGCCACCACAGUCUGCAGCCUCCCAAAGGGCUCGUGGGCCUGGGACGUGCCCACGCAGGCCUCCAUCGUGUCGGAGUGGGGCCUGGAAUGCGCCAACUCCGCGAUCACGGGCCUCCCCGCUUCGAUGUUCUUCUUGGGGUGUUUGAUUGGCGGGUUCGUACUGGCCUCGCUAGCGGACUCGUCGCUCGGGCGCAAGAACAUGCUCUUCUUCUCGUGCCUCGUGAUGGCCAUCACUUCCUUGCUCGUCACUCUCUCGCCCAACGUUUGGAUCUAUUCCGCUCUCAAGUUUCUCUGUGGGUUUGCUCGUGCUACCAUUGGGACCUCUGCGCUCGUGCUGGCCUCCGAGCUCGUUGGCAAACGGUGGCGCGGCCAGAUUAGCGUCAUUGGCUUCUUUUGUUUUACUAUAGGGUUCUUGUCCCUGCCAGCCAUGGCUUACAUAAACAGGAGUUCUUCAUGGAGGAACCUUUAUCUGUGGACAUCCAUUUCAACCAUGUUCUACUGCAUACUGGUGAAGUUGUUCGUUACGGAGUCCCCUAGAUGGCUUCUAGUGCGAGGUAAAACAGAAGAAGCGGUGGAAACACUAAAGUGCAUCACAUCAAUCACCCAAAGCAACCUCAAUUUGGCCAUAAAUAACAUGUCCCACAAGGAAGAAACAUGGAACGUGGACAUAUUCUCAGCCCUCAAAAUCUUGCUACAAAAAAAAUGGUCUUCGAGAAGGCUGUCAUUAAUUAUGGCAAUGGGAAUAGGCAUUGGAUUGGUGUAUUACGGAAUGCCACUGGGCCUCCAAAAUCUAUCCUUCAACCUCUACUUGAGUGUCACAUUCAACGCCUUAUCGGAGUUACCAUCAGCAUUGAUUGUGCUCUUCUUCGUAGACAAGUUCAAUAGGAGAGUUGCACUCCUCCUCUUCACAAUCCUAAGUGGUGUUUUCAGUGUGAUGUCAAUCAUGGAAAUGAAGACAUCAUCGUGGACCAACAACAUCCAAAUAGUGUUUGAGUUAGUAUCGUUCUUCAGCGCUUGUUCUUCGUUCAACGUGUACCUAAUUUACACCACGGAGCUGUUCCCGACCUGCGUGAGGAACUCGGCGCUGUCGAUGGCGAGGCUGGCAGUGGUGCUCGGUGGCACGUUCAGCCCGUUGCUGGUGAGUGCUGCAAGAGGGAACAAGUUUAUGUGUUAUGGGGUUUUUGGGUUGGUGAUAGGGUUUAGCGGGGUCUUCGGAAUAUUCUUGCCUGAGACAAAAGGAAGGGCACUGUGUGAUACAAUGGAUGAAGAAGAAAACAAAGAGAAAAACAUGACUUGUGACAUGUUCCUGGCUUGAAUUCAGCGGAUUUUGAAAAGGAAAAAAAAAAACAUCGGGUAUGUUUGUUUGAUGGAUUUGCCCCAAUUGGCAAGUGUGAACAGAGAGUUGUUAUAUAAGGUCAAAUAAUUAGAGCUUUAAUAAUUAAUGCAUGGGAAUAUUGAUGUUACAUGUGUUGUAUAAAGUGAGGUUCCUUUUGUUGAUUAGAGAUAUCCAAAACCGAACCAUGAAAGUUCAUAAAAAUUCAAUAAUGACUUCAUGAAA